GAGGGGCUGGCCGAGGGGAGGGGAGGGCAGAGCCGCGCCGAGCCGAGCCGCAGAGCCGGGAGGGACGGAGCCGCGACGGGACGCGCCAUGCGCUCCUGAGCCGCGCCGUGCGCCCCCGCCGCCGCGCCCCCCGCCCGCCCAGCAUGGCCCCCUGGCUCUGGCCGUGCCUCCUGGCCGCGCAGGCCCUGGCCGCCAACUUCCCCCCCAGGUACAGCCUCUACACCGGGGGGGCCGCCCCGCUCAGCCCGGCCCAGGCCACGGCCCCGCAGGGCCCCGCCGCGGCGCACGGCGGUGCCCGGGCCGCCAGCCGGCACAGGAACUGGUGCGCCUACGUGGUGACGCGCAGCGUGAGCUGCGUGGUGGAGGACGGCGUCGAGAGCUUCGUCAAGCCCGACUACCAGCCCUGCGGCUGGGGGCAGCUGCAGUGCCCCCGCGUCCUGACGUACCGCAGCUUCCUGCGGCCCCGCUACAAGGUGGCCCACAAGACGGUGUCGGACCUGGAGUGGCGCUGCUGCCAGGGCUACUCGGGGGAGGACUGCUCCGAGGGGCUGGCAGCGGGGCCCUCCCUCACCACCACCCGCCCGCGGCCCCGGCCCGGCCGCCCCACGCUCUCCGGCUUCGGCAACACGCUCAGCGGCCUGGGGGGGGGAAGCCCGGAGCCCGCUGGCGGUGGGGAGACGGAGAAGGUGCAGCAGCUGGAGGAGAAGGUGCGGCGGCUGAGCAAGCAGCUGGAGGAGCUGCAGGCCUCGGUGCAGGAGGGCCAGGAGAAGCUGCUGCAGGACCUGCGAAAGGUGGCCGAGGGCGGCCCGAACGGCAAGCACCAACCCGCCGACGCUGCGCCCCCCGACGUGCGGGAGACGCUCAGCCACAUCCAGCAGCACCUGGAGCGCCUGGACGACCGCAUCCGCAGCCAGGAGCUGGAGCGGGAGCGGGAUGGCUUCGGGGGGAGCACGGCCCGGAGGGGGGCCUGGCGGGGGCCGCGCUGCUGCGCGAGCUGGAGCAGCGGGGUGCAGGAUUCCUGCGGCGCCUGCCUGGCCGGCACCGAGGGGCUGCGGCGGCAGCAGGCGGAGGACCGGGAGCGCAUGAGGGCGCUGGAGAAGCUGGUGGGCUCGGUGGACCAGCGCAACCGGGAGGCGGUGGAGACUGUGCAGCGGCACGUCAGCAGCCUGAGCACCCGCCUGGCCCCCCGCGCCGCCCGACGAGCUGCGCCGGCGCGUGGCCGAGCUGGAGCGGCGGAUGGACGGGCUGGAGGGGUCGCGCGGCGCGGUGCUUGGGCCGGGGCCGGGCCGGUGCUGGCCCGGCGGCUGUCAGAGCUGGAGGGGCGGCUGAACGCCACGCGGGCCGGCCCCGGGCCCCCUGACACCGAGGGGCUGCGGGGCCACAUGGCCAACCUGAGCCGGGCGCUGGAGGGGCUGGCGGAGAGCGGGGCGCAGCGCGGCGCCCGCCUGGCCGAGCUGGAGGGGGUCCUGGCGCGCUGCGGGCGGCCCUGCCCGGAGCCCACUGCCGAUGGCCGGGACGGCUCCGCGCUCAGCCAGCUGGAGCGGCGCGUGGAGGACAACGAGGCACAGCUCCGCACCCUCAGCUCCGGCCUUCGGCAGCUGGGGGCCGGCGGGGCCGGGCCGGGCAGCUCGCUGCAGGCGCUGCGGGAGCUGGUGGGGGAGCAGGGCGAGACGCUGGAGCGGCUGGCGGGGCGGCUGGGGCAGCUGGAGGCAGGGGGGAGCUCCGGUGGGCAGACGCUGGAGGACACCCGCAGGGACCUGGAGCAGCUCCACAACCGGACGGGCGCCCGGCUGGGGCAGCUGGAGGCCGAGCUGCGGGGGCUGAGCGCCACCGGUGCCUGCGCCCAGCCCUGCUCCCCGCUGCGGGAGGAGCUGGAGCGCGCUGCGGGAGGGGAGGUGGGCCCUGCACCACGCCUGCAGCCCGCCCCCCGCCCCGACCCCACGGCAGCCGAGGAGGAGGAGCCGCUGGAGGGGUUCAGCGUCUUCGGAGGAACGACGCCCUGGGAGCUGCAGACGCUGCAGGGCGAGCUGUCGGAGGCGCUGCUCUUCUUCGGCUUGCUCAACACCACGGUGCAGGACCUGCAGGACGCCGUGGACCAGCACGACGCCAGCCUGCGCGAGCUGGGUGCCGUGAAGGAUCGCCUGGCCGCGGAGCUCGACCGGGUGCAGGCGGAGGUCGCCGAGCGCGCAGCCGAGAGCGAGGAGCGGCUGGAGGGGCUGGUGCGGGACCUGGUGCGUGCGGGGCCCCGCGGGUGCCCGGCGCGCCUGGAGCCCAGGCUGGAGGUUGUGUCGGGGGGGCUGCGUGGUGUCCGCGAGGGGCUGGGCCGGCACGUGGCGGGGCUGUGGAACGCCCUGCGGGAGCUGAACGGCACAGCCCGAACCCACAGCGCCCUGCUGGAGAAGGCGAUGCAGCUCCCGGCGCGCCUCAGCGCCCUCAACGCCAGCUUCCAGCAGCACCGCCGAGAUGCUCAACCUCACCAGCAGGGACCUGACCGGCCCUCCUGGGCCCCCGGACCUGAAGGCCCCAUGGGGAAGACGGGCCCCCCUGGCCCCUCUGGGCCUCCUGGCAAGGACGGAGAACAAGGCCCCCGUGGGCCCCCCAGGGGCCUGGGGUGCCAUGGGGGCACCGUCCUGACACCGUCCCCAGGUGCUGUGGGGGAGCCGGGCUCCGUGCCCCACAUCGCCUUCUCGGCCUCCCUGAGCACGCAGCGCACGGAGCCGGGCACCGUCCCCUUCGACCAGGUCCUGCUCAACGACGGCGGCGCCUACGACCCGAGACGGGUGAGCACCUUCACCGCUCCCCUGAGCGGCCGCUACCUGGUGAGCGUGGUGCUGACGGGGCACAAGGGCGACAAGCUGGAGGCGGUGCUGUCCCGCUCCAACCAGGGCAUCGCGCGCCUGGACUCGGCCGGGUACCAGCCCGAGGGGCUGGAGAACCAGCCCGUGGCCGAGCACCAGCCCAGCCCCGGCUCGCUGGGGGUCUUCAGCCUCAUCCUGCCGCUGGAGGCGGGGGAGACGCUCUGCGUCGACCUGGUGGCCGGGCGCCUGGCACACGCCCCCGACGAGCCCCCCGUCUUCAGCGGCGCCCUGCUCUACGACGCCGACGGCCCCUAGUCGCCCCCCUCACACCCACCCCUCGCCGCCCCAUGGCUCCUGGACCCCCCCCACGUCCCCUGCACCCACGCGGGGCCCCCACCCCCCACCCCCCCACACUCCCCGUUAUUUAUCAGCACCCCCCCACCCGCUCCCCCCGCCGCCACGCGUCCCUCACCCCCUGCCCUGCCCCCCCACGCCGCCCCGCGCCCCCCCAUCAAUAAAGAUGCGGCACCGGGUUUUGUA